AUGGCCGAUCCAUCAGCCCGCGACCAGCUGACGAAGCGCCAAAUUCCCUUCAUGACCCUCGCAAACGGUCUCUCCGGACUCCCCGGCGCAGAGACACGUACGGCAUCCGCCUCCGAUGACGCAACAUCACGCUUCGCCCUCUCAGGGACGGCAGUUGUGACGGGCGGCACCGGCGCAAUUGCCCAGGCCGUUGUGCGCGCGAUGCUCCAACACGGCUUGACGGGGCUCAUGCUCCUCGACUUGGACGUCACGUCCGCCGACGCAGUGAAGCAAAUCGCGUCCCUCCGCGAGCCGUUCCCGAAUGCCAAAAUUGAGGCGCUCUCAGUCGAUGUGACGGACGAAGAGGCCGUUGCACAUGCCAUGGAGCGUGCGGUCGAGGCUCUCGGCGGUGUCGAUCAUCUUGUUUGUUUUGCGGGUGUCGUGGGCUGUGUGCAUGCACUCGAUAUGCCAGCAUCGCAGUUCCGUAAGAUCCUGGACAUCAACACGACAGGCGCCUUCAUCUGCGCGCAGGCCGCCGCGAGGGUGAUGGUUCGUCAGGGUCGCGGCGGCCGCAUUGUGUUUACAGCGAGCAUCUCGGCGCACCGAGUUAACUUUCCGCAGCCGCAAGCGGCGUAUAAUACGAGCAAAGGAGCUUUACUGAUGUUGAAGAGUAGUCUGGCGGCCGAGUGGGCGCGGUAUGGAAUCAAUGUCAACAGCAUCAGCCCGGGCUACAUGGACACGGUGCUGAACGAGGGUGAGGGCUUGUCGGAGGCGAGGAGGAUUUGGGCUGAGAGAAACCCCGCCGGAAGGAUGGGGAUGCCGGAGGAGGUUGCGGGUGUCGUGGUGAUGUUGUGUUCGAGGGCGGGCAGCUAUUUCAAUGGAAGCGAUUUGGUUGUUGACGGCGGAGGCGUUGUGUUCUAG